GCGAUGUGGCGGCGGCGGCGGCGGGCGCGGGGCGGGGGGGGCGGCGGGGAAGGGGGGGGCCGCUGGUGGCCGGCGACGGUCCUGGUGCUGUCGCUGUCGCUGCCGGCGGCGCGGCCCCGCGGGCUGUACUCGGCCACCGACCCUUUGGAGCUGCUGGGGACGGGGGCGGAGGGGCGGCUGCUGGGCUCCCCCAGCGCCUGGGCCGUCGAGUUCUUCGCCUCCUGGUGCGGGCACUGCGUCCACUUCGCGCCCACAUGGCGGGCCUUGGCCCACGACCUCCGCGAGUGGAGGCCUGCGGUGAUGCUGGCGGCCAUUGACUGCGCUGACGAGGCCAACCAGCAAGUGUGUGCUGAUUUUGGGAUAACCGGCUUCCCCACGCUGAAGUUCUUCAGAGCUUUUAGCAAGAAGGCAGAGGAUGGGAUAAGGAUUACCAAUCCCAGCGCCACUGUUGAGGACCUGCGCCAUGCUAUCAUCACCAACCUUGAGCAGAGCCAGGACACCUGGCCACCCGCCUGUCCUCCGCUGGAGCCGGCAAGCACAGAGGAGGUUCGCACCUUCUUCCAGAGGAACAAGGACCAGUACCUGGCACUGAUCUUCGAGAAGAGCAACUCCUUUGUGGGCAGAGAGGUGGCGCUGGACAUGCUGCAGUACGAGAACGUGGCAGUGAGGAGGGUGCUGAGCAGUGAGGAGGAGCUCGUGGAGAAGUUUGGCGUCAGCACCUUCCCCUCUGGCUACCUGCUCUUCCGCAAUGGCUCCUUCUCCCGCCUGCCUGUGCACAUAGAGGCACGCUCCUUCUACACCUACUACCUGCGCAUGCUCUCGGGAGUCACCCGCGGCUCCUACAAGCUGAACAGAACUGUCAGCACUUCCAACGAGACCAACACAUCCCAGCCAAAGCAUGCUGACCGCUCCAAGGUGUACGUGGCUGACCUGGAGUCCACACUGCACUACUCACUGCGGGUGGAGGCUGCCCGCGCUGCUGUGCUGUCGGGAGACCAGCUGGCUGCCUUCAAGUGCUACGUGGCCAUGUUGGUGAAGUACUUCCCCGGGCGCCCCUGCGUGCAGACCUACCUGCAGUCCCUGGACGGCUGGCUGAGGAACUGGACGGAGCCUGAGCUGCCCCGCAGCGCCUUGAAGGAGGCCAUGAAGAAUAACAGAGAUGCCUCCCACCCCGCCGUGCUCCCCACCAACGUGACCUGGGUGGGCUGUCAGGGCAGUGAACCCCACUUCCGUGGCUACCCCUGCGGGCUCUGGACCGUCUUCCACCUGCUGACCGUCCAGGCUGCCCAGAGUGGCCCUGACAAAGAGCUGCCGCUGGAGGUGCUGAGCACCAUGCGCUGCUACAUCCGGCACUUCUUCGGCUGCCAGGAGUGUGCCCAGCACUUCGAGGCCAUGGCAGCUGAGUCCAUGGAUCGGGUGGCAGGCCGGGAGGAGGCUGUCCUCUGGCUCUGGUCCCACCACAACGAGGUCAACGCUCGCCUGGCGGGAGGUGACACGGAGGACCCCAAGUUCCCCAAGCUGCAGUGGCCUCCGCCAGACAUGUGUCCCCAGUGCCACAAGGAGGAGCGGGGGGUGCACGCCUGGGACGAGCCAGCCGUGCUCACCUUCCUCAAGGCACACUUCUCCCCGGCCAACAUCUACCCGGACUAUGCUGAGGCCGACCCCAUCGCUGUGGUCAGGGAGGGGAUGGGCGCCAGGCUGGGCACCGAGGGCCCGCGAGAGGAGAGGGAGAAGGAGGAGGAAGAGGAGGAAAAGGAGACGGAGGGCGAGAUGAGAGCUCUGGGGCGACCGGGCUCCCCUGAGCCGCGGCGUCCCAGCAUCGUGCGGCUGACUCCCAAGCUGCGGGAGGUGAGCGAGGACAUCGUGGACCUGGACUCCUUCAGCGAGCAGCACUUCAAGAGUCAGGCGCUGCGAGCAGCAGCCGGCCGGCGCCGGCGGCUCAGCAAGCGGGACACCAUCGCUCUGCCCCAGGAUGCCGGGGUGGGCCGGGAGCACCGGCGGGCUUCCGGUGUCCUGGUCCGGGAGGAGGAGGAGGUCAGGGAGGGCGUGCGGAGGAGCCCCUGGCUGCGGGUGCUCGGCUUGGGCUUCUCCCGUCUGGACAUCAGCCUCUGCGUUGCCCUCUACUUCCUUUCCUCCAUGUGCCUCCUGGGCAUGUACACCUUUUUCCGCCUCCGCACCCGCGCCCGGAAAGGCCGCCCUGGCUUCCCUGUGGCCUGAGAGCGGUUGUGGGGGGCCGGGAGCUGUCCCCAGGGUGGGUGGGCUGCUGGGACAGCGUUUUGUCCCCCAGCAGGAAGGGGUUUGAUGUAUCCCCGCUGGGAGCUGCGCCCGUUUGCAGCAGUCGCCUCACCCAGGGUGGAGGCAAAGGCUGGAGGGCUCCUUUUAGGGGGAAGGAGCUGUCGGGGCAUCCCCCUCUCAGAUUGUGGUGCCGUGUUUUGGGUGUGUGGGAGCUGGGAUGCUGGCAGCAGUUCGGAUCUCGGCACCCAGCUGCCCUCGGGAGCUCCCCAGCGCUGGGCUGGUUUCAAACUGGGAAGCCCAGUCCCGUACUGGGGAACAGCCCUUUGGGGUCAAACCACUAGUGGGGCCAGGAGUGUGGGGGUUUAGCCCCCCCAAAAAGCAGGCACUGCUGGGUGGGGGGUGGCAGUCAUGGGUUCACCUGCAUUUUGUGUGUCCCCCACUUUGAGACAUGGACUGGGGCUCCCCACCUUUCCUCGCCUCUCCCCACGCUGUUCCUCACUCUCUGCUUGUCUUAGUGGAAUAAAUUAUUUUUGCCGACACCAGCCCUGCUGUGUUGGCUGGUCCCUGCCAUCCCCCUACCGCCGGCUGUCCUCACUCCAGGCUCCCUGAUCACCCUGGGAAGAGCACUGGCUUGGUUUAAAUCCUUUAAAUAUUUUUAAUUGUUACUAUUGUAUGUUUUCUCCUGCUUUAUGCUUCUGGAUGCACCCGUGGCCAGCUGCUCCCCAUACAGCCGGCAUGUCCCCAUGGUUGAGGUGGCUCGUGGUUUGUCCUCAAGCAGGGUGAUGGGGAGGGAGCCUGGGGGGGCAGGAAGUUGCUGGAAAAAAGUUGGCACAAGCCAUGGAGCUGCAGUUCGGUGCCGGCCAUGCCCGUGAUCCAGAGCAGGGAGACGCACGCGAGCAUCCCUGCAUCCCCCUGGGGACCGGGACCUCCACAGGUGUGAGCCCCUUGUGCCUGUCCCCGAUUCUCUCUGCCCUUUUAUCCUUGUUAGGAAUCAUUAAGGAAAAUGGUUGUUUUCCGGGGUCGGGGCCAUCUGCUCUCCCGGCGCUGCUUAAAUCCCCCUGUAACAAAUUCAUUGGGAUUACGCUGCCCUCCCCUAAUCCCGGCCCUUCCCCCCACACGGGGGAUUUAAAAGGAUUAGAGCCCGGCCGAUAAUAAACUUUAUUAAGGGGGAGGAGGGGUGUCAAUCCGAUUUGGAGCCUUUUUCUUGAUAUCUUCACUUUGCCCAGGUGGGAGGUGAGGGCCUGUGGGAUGGGGAAGGAGGGUGGCUGGCUCUGCUGCUGCCCAGGCACUGGGAGCUCUCACUCCUCUGGACCUUCCUCCCUCACCUGCCCUUGAAAUAAAUUUUCUUGCUCCA